AUGGCGACGGGCGGGCGCGGGGAGUGUUGGCGAUGGCGGGCUGAGGGCGGUGAUGGCGAUGGGCGGGCGGAGGGAGUGUUGGCGAUGGGCCGGCCCGAGGCAGCGAUGGCGGGCGGGCGCGGGGCGGCGAUGGCAGACGGCGCGGCGGGGGCGGCGCGGUCCCGUUCGCUGUUCCUGUGGGACGACGGGCGCCCGAUGCGGUUCUACGUGCGGCCCGGGGUGUCCAAGUUGCGGCUGGCGCCGCUGGUGCUGGCGGGCGGCGGGCGGCUGUGCCGCGUGCAGGAGCCCGGGGCCGUACUCCUGGCGGAGCCCGGCGAGGCGGCUCCCGGCGGGGCCGUCUCCACCGAGUACGUGACGGAGUGCGUGGAGCGCAACGAGCGGCUGCCGAUGGAGCCCUUCGUGCUCCCGCCUGCCGCCCCCGCCGCGGCCGCCGCCGCCCCGCGCUGCCGCCUGUCCUUCACGGAGGCCGAGGACGCGGCGCUGCUGCGGGCGGUGCGCGCCCGGGGCGCGGCGCGGGCGGGCGGGCGAGCGCUGUGGAUGGAGCUGGAGCGGAGCGGGCUGACCCGGCACAGCUGGCAGGCCAUGCGCGACCGCUUCCUGCGGCACCUGCGGCCGCUGCUCGGGGAGCUCCCGCAGGCGGAGGAGGCCUCGCAGGUCACGGGUCUCUUCGCGGCCAGUAACCGGGAGUUCGAUUGCGCGGAGUCAGAAAGUGACGCUUCAGACGUUUCAGAAGAACUUUCUACACAAGAUGGAGGAGGAAGUUCCCCAGGAGAAACAGCAUUUGAUUUGAAAACUGGACUAGAGGACUCUGCUUUCCCUGACACUCAGUUACAAAGGGAAGAAAGACCAACAAGCACUUGUUCUUCCAAUGUGGUGGGAGAAGUAGUAAAAACUAUGCAGCACUUCAUGGAGAAGUUCAGUGUGGACCUGUUCACUGUUACUCAGGCCUUUCUGAAAAACAGUGGUGAAGUGGAGGCUACUUCAGACUUUCUGCAGAUGGGGCAGCGCUUGGAUGGCUACCCUGUGUGGAGCAGAGAGGAUGAUUUAGAAUUGCUAAAGGAUGAUGAACAUGUCAGAAAUAAAUUGAUAGCAAAAUUUGGAGCUGAAAAUGUAGCAAAGCGGAUAGCAUUUAGGAAGAGUUAGCAAGAGGAGGACAACUGAUCUAGGACUGUGGCAAGAACUUUACAGUCAUUUCAGAAAUGUGAUGGAAAAUUUUAUCAACAUUAUGAAGUUUCAGAAUUUUAAUUUUUUUUUAAUAAAAGGCCCGUUUUUAUCUCUACAGAUCGAAGUGUUGCAGCUUCCUUAAUCUAGGCAAAGUAACACAUGUACCAGACCAUAUAUUCUAGUUGGAAAAAGUACACCAGCUUCCAGGGCCAUGUGCAACAGCAGAAGUAGGAGAGACAAGUUAACUAAGAGUGCCCAGAGUUAAGGUAUCAUCUAAGUUGUGUUUAAGAGAGAACACCCUUGCUAGUAUAGAGUCACAAUCUGAAAAACUCUGUACUUUUAGCACAUUGUGCUCUGGUCACUUAAUAUUAUUUGAAGUGAAUCCUAUAAAUCCGGAGUUCGUUCUUUUGGUGAUAUUAAAUGGGCUGGUAAAAGGAAAUUUUUUUUUUCCUAAA